AUGUCUUCUGGUGGAAUUUCACCACAAAUCCAGCCUUGCCACAUUUUUGGUGUGUGCAAAGGAGUAAGGAACAACUUACUCUUUCCGGAUGAGGAAACAGUGAUUUUCCCAAGUGGAAACCAUUGUGUCCGCUACCACGUCCAUCAGCGAUGGACCGAGUUCAUUCACGACGCAAAGGGAAGCAAGGGCAUGCAGGCCCUGGCUUUAAGCCCCGACCGCCGCUACCUGGCCGUAUCAGAGAGCGGUAAAUGGGGCACCAUCACCAUCUUUGACCUAGAGGACGAGAAGUGCUGCAAGAGAUGGGUUCUGAAAGGCAGCGACUUCGGCGUUGAGGAGUUCGUCUGCAUGGCGUUUUCUGCUGACUCAAAAUACCUGCUGGGCCAGGCUGGAGGACCCACAUGGACCCUCUUCUACUGGCAGUGGGAGGAAAAGGAGCUCAUCGCUACUGUGAAGACCACGAAGGAUAACGUUAUCAGUCAGGUCAGCUUUAACCCUCAGGAUGACACACAGAUCUGCGUGAGCGGAAAGGGAGUCUUCAAGAUCUUCGAAUUGAAGAACGGCUUCCUGAGACAGGCCAACUCAUAUAAGAUGGAGCACGAGGAAGUCCUGUGCCAUACGUGGAUGUCUGGGGACUGCAUCAUCGCAGGAACCGAGGCAGGGAAACUGCUAAUGUUGAAGUCCAGACACUUGCACAAGCUGGGGAGACCAUAUGAGAGGCAAACGGAGGAGAGGGACUCGUCUUCAUCUCCGGCCGUACCGGCAUCUGUCACUGCCAUCACGCGCUAUUCUAAAGGCUUUGCCUGUUCAGCUGGCCUGGGUUUAGUUUGUCUCUAUGAGAAAACUAUGGAGAAAGACAACUACAGGAAGACCGCGGAAAUAAGAAUUCCUGCGGACCCAUACAGCAAUCAGCCACGUCAGGCAAUUGCCACAAUGUGCAUUAGUCCAGCAGAGGAGACACUGGCCAUCAGCACAGACCAAGGCCAACUCUACCACAUCAGCCUCACCUCGACUGAGAUUAGCGAGAGUAAAGAGGCCCAGUUCGAAUUCCUGUCUCACUCGCUUCACUCGAAGAGCAUCACCGGUCUGUCCAUCUGCAAAUCGAAACCCCUCAUCUCCACCUGCUCGAAGGACUGCACCGUGCACAUCUGGAACUACAGGACCAACUCUCUGGAGCAGUUUAAGCUGUUUGAUGAGGAACCGCUCUGUGUGUCAAUGCACCCAAAUGGCCUCUCCAUCCUGGUGGGCUUCUCCACUGAAGUCUGCCUCAUGAACCUGUUAAGUGACAACAUCCGCACUGUCCAGACCUUCGCCACAAGCAACUGCACUGAGUGUGUGUUCAACCACGAUGGCAACAUGUUCGCCGCCGUCAACAAAAAUGUGAUACACAUUUACAAUAUCAGAACAGGCGAGAAACUGGACCUGAACGGCCACCGUAAGAAGGUGCAGACGGUGAAGUGGAGCAAUGAUGACCGUCGUCUGGUGUCAUGUGGGAUAGACGGCGCCGUUUACGUGUGGAACACUCUGACCGGCGACUACGAGAAUAGGAAUGAGACUAAAUGUAGCUACACGGAUGUGACGUUCUCGCCUAACACCGGCAGCGUCCUCGCUGUAGACCACUUCAAUCUUAAGGAGAUCCAUAAUGAAAGGAUCCGAUGGGAAAUGGCCUCAGAUGGUGUGACCUACACGGCCAUCUCCAUGACUCGUUCAGGCCAAACAGUCUUCAUUGGGACUGCUGCUGGUACUGUUAGGGUCAUCGAAUACCCUUUUGGAAAGGAGACAACGUGGACAGAACAUCUGGCUCAUUCUGGUCCCAUCACCAAAAUGGUUGUCACACCUGGUGAUCAGUAUCUGCUGACUGCCUCAGAGGACGGCACCCUCCUCAUCUGGACGAUCACUGGCCAGGAGGGAAGAACGAUGGAGAUGGUAAAAGAAAUAGAUUACGCUGAGGAGGUCCUCUGUACAAAGGCGUAUCUGGAUGAAAAGGACCAGACUAUACAUGAGCUCAAGUCCCACAUCAAGGGUCUGAAGGUGGAGCAUGAAUACAAGCUGAAUGUGAAGGACAUGGACUGCAACAAGAAGAUGAACAACAUUACUCAGAAUUACCUCCAGCAGAUAGAGGCUCUGAAAGACCAAAUCCAGGUGCUGACUACUGAGAAGGAGAAUCAGAGGGUCUGUCACCAGAAGGCACUGACUGAGAUGAAGGAAAAACACUCCAAAGAGCUGAAGGAUAAGGACCUGAGCUACAGCGGGAGGAUGAUUUUGGAGUACGAUAAGUACCGUGAGUUGGAGCAGAAAAUGCAGAAGAUGCAACAGAAGCAUGAGAAGAACCUGCACGAAGCUGAGGACAGCCACCUCCGUGCUAUGGAGGACAGGAAACAGGCUUAUGAAGCCAGGCUGCAGGAGCUACAGGCCAAGUUGGAGUGGGAAGUGAAGAACUCUGAGGAGAAGCAGAUGAAGAUUAAGGACAACGCUGAAUCUGAGCUCAUGGAAAUCUGCCACGAUUACGAUCACGAUCUCCAGGUGGAGAAGGAGACCAAGCUGAGAGUCCAGUGUGAUAUGAAACUCAUGGAGAGGAAGAUAUCACGGUACUGGACAAUGAAACGCGAGAUAAAUGAUCAGGGGUUUAAGAUCUGUAAGCUGGAGGAGGAGGUGAAGAACCUGAGGGACCAACUCAAGAAUGCGACAAACAACAUCGAGGAUCUGACAAAGGAGAUGGAGGAGCAAAGCAAGAUCAUCAGUGACCGGGACCGCUACAUUGAAGAGCUCCACGAAACAAUUGAAAAGCAGGAGAUGAGCUUAGAACAGAAGCAGGAAGAAUUGGUCAAGAUGAUCUUGGAGAGUAAAAAGCAUGAAGAAGAAAGUAAGCUGAAGAGCGACAAAGAAAGGAGUGAAGUCGAGCGACUUGAGAAAGAAGUACAGGAGAAUAAAGAGACGUUCAAAGAGAUUGCUGCUGAUGUGGUGCGAGUCAAGAAGAAGAAUGAGGAGAUCAUUGGUGGCCUGAAGCAGAAGCUGAAAUCAAAGGACAAAGCCUUGCUCAUCGAGAGGCAUAGGGUCAGAACCGUAGAUGUCCUUGUGCAAAGGAUGAAGGGCGACAUCCAAAACUGCGCACGCUUCAUCCAGGAGCCGAAGAAACUGAAGGAGAGCUUCAGCGAGCUCCAUGCACGCUAUGUCCAUAAACCAGAUGUGACAAUCGAAGUGGAUGCUGAGGUCAUGCAAGAGCACACCAUGCAGAUGGAGCACUUCCAGAAGAUCUUGGACUCUCAGAAGACAAGGCAGGCUAAGGAGAUCAAGCAUGAGAAAGCGAGAUACUCCAAGAUCGUGAAGGAGAGUGGCUUUCUGAUUGAACAGCUUAAGGAGCAGAAACUAAGCCACCAGCAGCUGCUGAUCAGCCUCAAAAAGAACAAUGUCCAAUGUGUCAAGACUGCAGCAUCCUCUGCGAUCUUACUGGAUGAGUCCAGGCCAGUGGUCCAGCUUCAGCGCCCAGUAAACCAGAGGCUAAAGAGGAAUCUCCUGGAUAAGAGACAAAGCCAAAUCUUUGCACUGCAGAGUUCAUCAGGCCAUGACAAAUUACCACCCAUUAUCACCACCAAGAAGACCAGAUGAUUGCCGGGGAGGUGUCGAACACUUGGAUGUAGUCUAGUGUGGGGGCGCGCGCAAGCCGAAGUCUGAAAGCUUUCCAGGAAACUAUUCACCAAGUGCCCAUCCUUGGGUCCAUCCUUGUCCUACACAGGGUGGACACCGAACUGGGGUCUAAGCCACCAGUUGGCUGCCCUGAAUUGGCAUUGCCAUAGUUUCCAAAUUGGUGAGGCGGUGAACAGAGGAACAAGGGUAAUGGAUGUACACAUGGUGCAGCACACGGUGAAUUAGAAAAAAGGAAAGACUUUGUGGGACGUCUCGGCAUUAGAGGAUAUCCAGGUGUUUGACACUACCCCUGCCCGUCAGAAGGAAUGAAAUAAAAGCAAGCCUGGUAUUAAAUCUACUAACUGCCAUCAUUUAAGUCCUGGUGCAUGUAGAAACAACUGAAAUCGACAGAGCACACACAAUACUGAACUGAUGCCAAGUAAAUUAUUUGAUAAUGAUACUAUGAUAUCAUUGAUACUAUGAGCUAUUUUUUGUGUACCAUUUCCACCCUUUUUUGUUCUAGACCAGAAAGAAUUGUCAUGUUGCAGCUCUGUGCUUUGGUUCAAUUUACUUUUGUUAUGACAAGCAAGGGUUAUUAUGGUUUCAUAUGACUGGAGCAC